UCAAAACCCAGGGCGGUGAAAAUUUUCUUGUUUAUUUUCCUUCGUUUUCUCGGCUGCCUCUGUAUUUUUUUCGCUAUUUUCCGUCAAAUCAAACGGUCGGAAUCUCCGCCUCCGGUGGGAUUUUCCGGCGAGUUCGUCGAUAAGUUUGUGGUUUUCGGCUUAAUUCCGGUGAAUUGGCCGCGUUUUGAGUCGCGAAUCUUGUCGGAACACCAUGUUUCUUUUCGAUUGGUUCUAUGGACUUCUCGCAUCUUUGGGGCUAUGGCAAAAAGAGGCGAAGAUCUUAUUUUUAGGGCUUGAUAAUGCGGGAAAAACGACGUUGCUUCAUAUGCUGAAAGAUGAGAGAUUAGUUCAGCAUCAACCAACGCAGCACCCGACGUCCGAGGAAUUGAGUAUUGGGAAAAUUAAGUUUAAAGCCUUUGAUUUGGGUGGGCAUCAGAUCGCUCGAAGAGUUUGGAAGGAUUAUUAUGCCAAGGUGGAUGCUGUGGUGUACCUGGUCGAUGCGUAUGACAAGGAAAGAUUUGCUGAGUCAAAGAGGGAGUUGGAUGCCCUCCUUUCUGAUGAGUCACUGGCAAAUGUUCCAUUUCUCAUUCUGGGAAACAAGAUAGACAUACCCUAUGCUGCCUCUGAGGAUGAGUUGCGUUACCACCUGGGCCUGACCAACUUCACGACUGGUAAGGGUAAGGUUAAUCUGGUAGACUCAAAUGUCCGCCCUCUCGAGGUGUUCAUGUGCAGCAUUGUUCGCAAAAUGGGAUACGGUGAAGGUUUCAAGUGGGUCUCUCAGUACAUCAAGUAGGAGAAGGAAUGAAUAGACUACUAGCAAACGCACCCUGGUUACCUGAUGGUAAUUUUCCUGCCCACUGCGGCAGUCUCUUCAUUUUGAACUGCUGUUGCAGGUAUUUAAUCACUAGUUGCUUUGUAGAGUGAAUAUGUCAGACUUUGAUACCAGCCUUUACUUCAUUUUAGCUUCAACAGACUUUCUGUGUUCCUAUUCUUUUGGUACGGAUAGGUAAGCUGUUUUUUGGUUUUACUGUUUGUUUGGGUAAUUAAUUUGCUGAACAAAUAAAUGGAUUGAGGUUAUAAUGAUUAAUGAGGCUGUAAUAUGUAGUCUACUGAGGACAUCCUCUUUUUUCCUUU